CUGGUCAUCUUUUGUUUAGCCGAAUGUCCAGUUGCCUAACAGGUGAACGAACACUGCCGCUUCACAGCCAUAAGCAUAUAAAGGUUUCCAUAGGUGGCUCCUUCUCGUCUGACAUCAUUAUCCUCCUGGACUGCAAUCACUCUAUAAUCCUACACCAUGAGGACACUGCUUCUACUGGCCUGCAUUGUGGUGGCUGUUUACUCUGCCAGCCUGCACACCAGAGACCCCUCGUUGGACAGCGCCUGGGAAGAAUGGAAGAUCAAAUUUGAGAAGCAAUACACAACACAGGAAGAGGAGAGCUCCAGACGGCUGGUGUGGGAGGAUAGGCUACGCUGGAUUGAGAAGCAUAACAAAGAGUACAUGGAGGGGAAGCACAGCUUCACCGUGGGCCUGAACGAGUUUGCUGAUAAGAAAAGGGAGGAGUUCAAGGCCUGUUCUUUUGUCGAGUGAAUACAGCAAA